AAUGAGUCCCCACCCCUGUCAGGGCGUGUCCUGCCCUUUUGUGUCAAACCCAGCAGGGCUCGCGAUUAGCCUCCACGCCACACUCGGGAGCAGCGGACGCCACGGCCUGUGGAGCAGCGGAUAAUCAUCUGUUUGGGUACCUUGACGUUAAAAUAUUAACUGAAUACUAUGGCAAAGGCUGGAAACCGGGGCACAAUCAGGGAGGCCUUGGGCUUCAGUGCUGAGGAAGAUGCACAGAAACUAAGGAAGGCCAUGAAGGGACUUGGUACCGAUGAAGAUGCCAUCAUCGAUAUCGUGGCCAAGAGAAGCGCAUCCCAACGUCAGCAAAUUUUAAUCACCUAUAAAUCCACUAUUGGCAGGGAUUUGAUUGGCGAUUUGAAGUCUGAGCUGAGUGGGAAUUUUGAGAAGGUGAUAAUUGGACUGAUGACUUCCAUCACACUGUAUGAUGUGCAGGAACUGAAGAGGGCCAUGAAGGGUGCGGGGACAGAUGAGGGCUGCCUGAUUGAAAUUCUAGCUUCUCGUUCCAGUGAAGAAAUCCAGCGCAUUAACGAGACCUACCAUCGUCAAUAUGGAACUACCCUUGAAAAGGACAUUGUCUCAGAUACAUCUUCCAUUUUCCGUCGCGUGCUGGUGUCUCUAGCUACAGGAAACAGAGACCAGGGAAACUAUGUGGAUGCAGGCCUUGCUCAGCAAGAUGCCCAGUGCUUGUAUGAAGCCGGAGAGAAGAAAUGGGGGACAAAUGAGGGACAAUUCCUGACUAUCCUCUGUUCAAGAAACACAAAUCACUUAUUAAAGGUCUUUGAUGAAUACAGAAGGAUUGCUAAGAAGGAUAUUACCGAAAGCAUUAAAUCUGAGAUGUCAGGGGACCUUGAAGAUGCCUUGUUAGCUGUGGUAAAAUGCAUAAGGAAUAAGCAUGCAUACUUUGCUGAAAGAUUAUAUGGUUCGAUGAAGGGUUUAGGGACGGAUGACGAUACACUCAUUCGAGUGAUGGUGUCGCGCUGUGAAAUUGACAUGUUGGAUAUCAGGCAUGAAUUCAAGAGGAUGUAUGGGAAAUCUCUCUACUCCUUCAUCCAGGGAGACACUUCAGGAGACUAUAGAAAAGUCUUACUCUUGCUCUGUGGUGGUGAAGACUAAACCAUGUGCAACUUGUUGUUGGAGGGGAGGAGAAAUAGAUCACAAGAUUUAUUUUUUUUCAAAUAGCUUUAGAUAGUGCUAUUAGAAUUGACUUAGGCUAGUCAAUGCCAGUUGCCUCCUAUUAUAUGCUUUUAUUGCUUAGAAUAUGCAAUGGUGCACUAAUUGUGUCCUCAGAGCCAGUCAUGCCUUUACUAGAACUGCCUGACUGAAUUACUUCUCCCAGCAGGCUUAGGAAAGACUUCUUGAAGCCAUGUUUGCAGAAACAGCAGCACCAGAUGUGUUUUAGAGUCUCCAGACUCCAUUCUAUACAGUUGGAUUAUCUGUGCUAGAGACCAGCAUCUUGCUGCAAAAAUGGAAGCGAUGGCUACCGUCAAUCUUAGACUCUGAGCAAGGUUCUGUUAAGUGAGCACGCAAUUUGCUUCCCAUUACCAAGCUCACGUCUGUGUUGCCAUACAGUGUAAUUGCGUGGGUGUAACAGAGGGCCGGGUUCUGCCCGCUCAUACAAUCCUUACAAAAUAGGUGGAAAUGAGGGGAGAGUUUAACCAAAGCCUUUAAUGCUACUGUAACUUGAUCUCCAUCCACUACAUGAAUAAUUCCAGAAGCCUUGUGACAUCCCAUUGCCAUUGAACUUACUGACCAACUGAGGUGGGCUUAGGCACAGAAUGUAUAAGACCCUGCACAGGAAAAUAUUAACACUGUCCAUGUGGGAAAAGUACAGAAAACAAGCUUUAUUUCUCUGACUGUAUUCCAACAUAGAGAAAAUCAUUAGUCUAAAACGCAAGGCGUGUCUAGAUCGAAACAUGACCUUUGUUAGAAGCAAACUGUCAACAUUCCUCAUCACUAUGGCUAUGUGUGUAUGUAAAUCGGAAGAUAGGAGCAGGAUAUAAUUCACAAGUAGCAAAUUAGAAAUUCCAGUAGCCUUCGGCCUAGUCUACCACACACACAUUUUGUAUUAAUAUAAAUGUUGGUUAAGGGUGUGACUUAAUUAAUAUAGUUACACUAGUAUGUCCUCUCUGUGGAUGCAGUUAUAAUAGUAUAAAGGUGCUCUGUGCUGGAAUAGCUUAUUUCCCUUUCCGGACAGUAACUGCAUCCACCAAGUUAUGCGCCUUUAACUACACAGUAUAGUAAAAGCAGUACAACUUUUGUGCAUAGACAAGGCCCGGCACUUGUCUAUGCACAUAUGCACAUAACAAAUGCACCUUAGCUUUCCCUGUCCUAUAGUAAAUUCCUUUUGGAGAUCAGGCACUGGGCUGUUAGGCCACAUCUAUAUGUACAGCACUGCAAGGCACGGCUAUGUUCUGCAGCAUGGCUGGUGAAGAUACUCUAUGCUGAUGGCAGAGAGCUCUCCCAUUGGCAUAAAAAACCCACCUCUGUGAGUGGCAGAAACUAUGCUGGCGGGAGAAGCUUAUCCCACUUUGUUGAUAUAACUUAUGUUGCUCUGGGUGGUGGUUUAUUCACGCCCUUGAGACAUGAGUUAUGCCGACAUAGCUGUAGUGUAGACAUAGUCUUUAGUGUGAGUUAAAUAAAGGGAGGCCACAUGUGGGCAGAGGUAUAGUGCUAAUCUCAUCUACGUCAUGGUCAAAAGUAGUGUCUUAUCUCUACUACAAUUUUAUAGUAGGAUAGGGCUAGCUCAUUAGUUGUCCUACUGUUUUGAAAACCAACAACCCCAAAACACUUUUUGUAGAACAGUCAUAGCUUGAGUGCUGCAGUAAUAGUUUUCAGAAGGAAGCAGUGGGGGCUGAGCAUGGAAAUAGAAGGCAGGAUCUACGGUGUUGUAAACCCUACUUUGCCACUCGCUUUGCUCCCAUUGACUUGGCCAGGUGCAAAACUGGAACUUCUCUCUGGCCUCGGACAAGUCACUUUGCCUCUGUGUUCUGUUGUCUUUUAUGUUCCCUUCUUCACAGGAGGGUUGUUGGCAGUAAGUUUAAGCACUGCAACAAUCUGCUGCUCAGUAAGAAGAAACCACUCAGCCUUAUCACUACAGCAGGUUCACACCUGCCCUCUGGCUUUACCAUAAAAAUGGCUCUCUGGCCAGUGCUCACUUUUUCAAUGUAAUAAAUCAAUCAUUUCUUUA